UUUGGAAGUGUCAACUGUCAACCAUCAGGAAAAAGGAUUUCCAUGGCGGUUUAGGAUUUCAGUCUCGCCUCUUUAAACCGUCUUAGCCUCUUAUCCGCGUAUUUAUCCAUCUUCAGUCUUCGGCGCCGGAGCUUCACCGCUCCUCAUCCGCUGAUAAGGUAAGCAUCAGUUGACGUGAUGUCCUUGAUGGCUAGCUCAGUUGCAAGUCCAUCCACGUUACCAGCAGAGGGGUUCCACGUGCAAAGUAAGCGUGCUGGAUCUGGUGCUGUAGGACUUAAGCCUACAAAUUUACAUUUUCAACCUCUCCAAAGUAAAAAACCCUUAGCUUAUGCUAUCCGAGCUAAGCAUGCAUCCAUACGAUGCGAUGCUGCACUGAAUGCAACAUGUGCAGCAGAGCAAACCCAAACAAUUACACGGGAAUCAUCUACAAUUACUGUCGCUCCUGUUCAAGGCAAGGAAAAAUCUCCUGAACUAGAUGAUGGUGGGUCUGGAUUCCCUCCACGUGAUGAUGGUGAUGGUGGAGGCGGUGGUGGUGGGGGUGGAGGCCAUUGGUCUGGAGGAUUCUUCUUCUUUGGGUUUCUUGCAUUCUUAGGCUUCUUGAAGGAUCAAGAAAGUGAAGGACCCUAUCGGGAGAACAGAAAGAUGAGGCACAACUACUAGUAUCGACAGUUAUCAAAAUUUACAAGUAUGAAUCAUAGCUGCUUUGUGUGAUUUUUUUCCUGCCUGUCUGUUACUCAAGUGACCCGAGAUUGAAACUUAUAAUUCGUUACACCACUUAUAUAGCAGUUGGAUUCGUUUCUGAACUUGCAGAACAGUGUAUAACCUUGUUGUAGUAAAAUGGAGAGCAGUUUCUUUAUUCUAACGCUCUGUCUAAUAGAAUCAGAGGUACACAGCGCCAUUUUUAAAGUUUAUACCAAAAAAAAACCUGUAAUUGUGCUUGAUCAAGAGGAUUCCUGACUGUUGCUCUAUAUUUCAUUUUAGUGCGAUUAGCAUUCAUAGAACAAUGAUAUGGACGAUUGAUUUCUACCAUGAUUGAUGUGACAUUUACUCAUUGUCAAACUUUUAUGUUUUCGUUAUUCUAAACGUUAUGACUUAUGAACGACUACUGUAAGUAUAACAUGCCACGGAUCAGUAACUAGUUUUUCUUUCGUUUUCGAACUGUCCGAAGUGCUUUUAGAAAGAAGAUAUCAAGUGUAGCAGCAAAGGGGUCAUAACUCCAGCAAAGGGAACCUACCCAAUUGAAUUUCAGUAUAAAAGGCAUUUAAACCUUUAUGGAAACAGUUUUCUUUGGACUCCGCAUUUAACCUGUCUGCUUUUAUUGGCAUACACACCAUCAUCUUUUAAUUAGAGCUCACUUUUUGUAUCGUUGUUAAUUCAUUUGGGGAGGUAAAAAAAAAUUUCCUCCAAAGAAAAUCCUACUUUUGGUAUUGGUGAUCAUUUAAAAUUCCACGUUAAAGUGAGGUUAAUCUUUUUGUUGGGUGAUUGGGUCCUCUGGGAAUCUAAAACAUCAAAUCCUACUGCAAAAAGAAGCUGAGAAAACUUAGAAUGUGUUGCUUUGGUGGAGGAACGCUUUCUCCAUUAUUUUCUUGGUGGGGAGUGAAAAUCCUUACUUUUUUCAAACAUAUAUAUAAUUGGGGAAUAAUAUGUAGAUUUGGUAGUCCUCCA